AUGCCGGCGGCAAGUUCUCAGCCGCCGGUGAAGCUCUCGCUUCCUCUGCAAUUUCAACAAGAAAUCUAUCAUCUUCUCCGGUCAGAAGAUGUACUUGUCAUUCUCGCAAGAGGUCUCGGACUCCUCAAAAUACUGACAAAUCUUCUUCACUCCUAUGAUGCUGCAGGCAAUUCCCUCGUCAUCAUUGUUGGUGCAGAAGACCGCGAGAAUGAGUGGAUCGGUGAGGCUCUCGCAGAACACUACGCGGUUUCCAGGAGCCCAUUGGCAAAAGGACUUCGUGUCAUCAACACUGACAAGGCCACUGUAUCGGCACGUGAAAAGAUAUAUGCUGAAGGUGGCAUUGUCUCAGUCACGAGCCGAAUUUUGAUCGUGGAUCUUCUCUCGAAAUUACUCGAUCCUGAAACGGUGACUGGUCUUAUUGUCCUCCAUGCCGAACGUGUGGUCGCAACAAGUAGUGAGGCUUUCAUUGUCAGAAUCUUUAGACAGUACAACAAGAUUGGCUUCCUGAAGGCAUUUACUGACGCACCUGAACCAUUAAACUCGUCCUAUGCGCCCCUAGCGAGUAUGAUGCGAAAUUUGUUCUUGCGCAAGCCAUCCCUCUGGCCACGUUUCCACGUUUCCAUUGCGCAAAGUCUAGAAGGCAAGAAGAAGGCAGAUGUUAUCGAACUCGAGGUUCCCAUGACGUCAGCUAUGCAGACGAUUCAAACAGCGGUGAUGGAAUGUGUCGAGGCCAGUAUUGGGGAACUCAAGAAAGCAAAUACCGGCCUUGAAAUGGAGGACUGGACCCUCGAUUCUGCUCUUCACCAGAAUUUCGAUGCGAUUGUACGCAGGCAGUUGGAUCCAGUAUGGCAUCGUGUCAGUUACAGGACAAAGCAGAUUGCAAACGACCUUACUGUGCUACGAUCAAUCCUGCACUCUCUCCUCAGUUAUGAUAGUGUCUCCCUCCUCAAAUAUCUCGACACUGUUCUUGCUACUCACUCUCCCCCGCCAGGCUCAACCCGGCAAAACCAAUCGCCUUGGCUAUUUUUGGAUGCUGCCUCUACAAUUUUUUCCACUGCGAAAGACCGCGUGUAUAGUGGAAAGGCUGAAGACGGUGGGGCCUUGCCAACCUUAAGGUUACCAGACUCCCUCACGCCUGUUCUAGAAGAGCAACCGAAAUGGGCAGUCCUUGCAGAAAUCCUAGAAGAAAUCGAAGUGGAUUCUUACUUGAAUCCCACGUUGAGAGACGACUCCAGCGACGCGGUCCUAAUCAUGUGUAACGACCAAAGAACAUGUCGUCAGGUCCGGGAAUACCUUCAGACCAUGCAUGUGAAGCCUCUGGCGCAAGACAGCAACAACGGAAUGGCUCCUCACGUGGUCGAAGCUGAAGAAGAAAGGGGUUCUGCAGAGUUCAUGAUGAGGCGGAAACUUCGUGAGUAUCUUGGCUGGAGGAGAACAUUUGCGCAGGUGAGCGCUUCGCUAUUUGAGGAAAAUCAGAAGUCAUUGAGUGAUAUCAAAACCCACUCUGGCACUGCGGUGGCCCGUCUCAACAGCAAAGCACCAGCCAACAAACGUCGACGUGUACGUGGAGGCGGCAGCGCAGGAAUCAACCCGUCAAGAACGGCUAGCGGCGCAGUGGCAAUUAUCGAGGAUCGAGCGGCCCAGGUGGCUGACUUGCUUGCUGAGUUACGGCCAACUGAAGCUGAAACACUUCAAAAGGAGGAUGUCGUUGUUGACGAUCUCAAUGAAGCCAGCGACAGUUUCUUUGAGCUUUAUAGUCCAGACGACCAAAUCCUAGUGCAUCCGUACGAUGGAGACCAAGACGAUCAACUGCUUGAAGAGGUCCGGCCUAAGCAUAUCAUCAUGUAUUCACCGUCACCAGAGUUCAUCAGACGCGUUGAGGUGUAUCGGUCCAGUCACACAGAACGAAGUGUGCGAGCAUACUUCAUGUACUACGGCGGUAGUGUCGAGGAGCAGCGCUACCUAUCGGCAGUGCGGCGUGAGAAAGAUGCGUUCACCAAGCUUAUCAGAGAGCGUGGAAGCAUGGCUGUUACCCUUUCGGACGCUGGGAAUGUCGAUCCGCAAGAAGCAUUUCUCCGAACCGUCAACACGCGAAUUGCAGGUGGUGGCCGACUGGCAGCGACUGCGGCGCCACCAACUGUUGUGGUGGAUGUGCGGGAGUUUCGAUCUGCUCUACCCAGUCUGUUGCACGGUCGCAACAUGCAAAUAGUCCCCUGUCAGCUUACAGUAGGUGACUACGUGCUCUCGCCGACGAUCUGCAUCGAGCGGAAGUCGGUGGGGGAUUUGAUAUCUUCCUUCAAGAACGGUCGACUUUUCAAUCAGGCAGAGACGAUGCUACAGCAUUACAAAUACCCGUUUCUCCUGAUUGAGUUUGAUCACAACAAAUCAUUCACGCUCGAUCCCUUUGCGGACCUGACGUCGGUCUCGACGUUGAAAAUGCCUGGUGGGGAGAACAAGGAUCUGCAGUCAAGAAUUGUCCUUCUCACACUUGCUUUCCCACGGCUCAAAAUCAUAUGGUCAUCCUCGCCCUAUCAAACAGCGGAGAUCUUUGAGGAGCUGAAGAAACAGCAAGAGGAACCCGAUCCGAUGAGAGCGGUACAAAUCGGGCUUGCGGAUGAUGAAGACCCAGAAGAGAGAACUUUCAACAUGGGUCCCCAGGACUUGUUGAGGACAAUCCCUGGGGUGUCGAACAAGAACGCCAGUCGGUUGUACCUUGAGAAGAAGAACAUCCUGGAGAUCGCUAAUAUGAGUUUGGAAGAAUUGGAUCCUCUGGUUGGUCGUGAGGCGGGAAGGCAGAUCGUCAGGUUUUUUACGCGGAGUGUCUUUGAGGAUGAAGACGAUUGA